AGGAAUAAAACAAAACAACAGGACAAAGACCGACAUACCUCUCAGGCACAGGCGAAAGAACAGAAGUUGAACAUCACCUUUUUCAUCUAUCAAGUAAUUAUGUCUCGCCCUGCAAGCAGAAGACCAGAAUACCAUAAAAUAAACAAAGAUCUCUUUGUCCUCACAUAUGGAGCUCUGGUUGCCCAACUAUGUAAGGAUUAUGAAAAAGAUGAAGAUGUGAACAAAUAUUUAGAUAAAAUGGGUUAUGGCAUUGGAACACGGCUGGUAGAAGACUUUUUGGCUCGAUCCUGUGUGAGAAGAUGCCACAGUUACUCAGAAAUUGCAGACAUAAUUGCCCAGAAUGCAUCUGAAAUGGUGACAUCAUUGCCACAUGUCAAAGAGCAUGCUGAAGUGAAAAUGAUUAAGAGGAUGGAAUCGGGACAUUUUAAAGAAGGGGCUAACACUAGGCAACAAUCACUCUGCAAGAAAGAAGGAAAAAGGCCCCUAGCCAAACUCAUAGUGUGUUUGCUAAACCCGGAGAAGCAGAGUAAUGAGACACAGAGCAUGGCACCAUGGGGAUUCCCUCAGGAAGGAAAUGUAGGUAUGAAAAACAUUCUGAGAUUUUUCAAAACAGGGCAAAGUGGUUGGCAAAUAGUUUAUUCUUCCUGUCUAGGAAGUUACAACUGCUAGUAACAUGUGAAUCUUAGUUUAUCUAUGAACAUCCUGCUUAUUUAUAUUACUGAGUUAGUGUUUGUUUUCCUUUAUUCCAGAUGCUAGAAUCUGGAUGGAGUAUUCAUGUAUCAGAUGACAUUUAGUACAUUAACUAUAGCAUAUCGAAGCAGAGAGAGCCGUCUUUGUUAUACAUUUUGCAGGCAAUAAUCAAGUAAGCAAACCUUUAAAAAAUAUGCUUCCCCCAGUAACCACAUUGUGAGUUCAAAAUAAACAUUUGAGCCCACUAGCAAGAGUGAAGCAGAUGUUUCUCAGAGCAGUAAGCUUAGAGGGGUACUUUGAUAGGAGAGAGAUAACCAAAUUCUCCUAACAAAAAUGAUAUUGUGCUACAAUAGGAGUAUUAAGUUUUCUUUUGAACUUCCUAUAAUGAAAGUUUGCUCUAAGCUAAUCCUAAGGGACUUUUCCUUUUGUUACUCUUUUUUCUAAAUCUUUUUGAGUCCCUUCUCUUGCCAUUCUGCAUUUUUUCAAAGAAUGUUACCAGAGAUGACCUGAUUUUUUUUUUUAAUGUGAAUAGGAAAACUGCCCAGAUAAAAGGAACUAACUUGAACCAGGCUAUUCAAGUCACAGACAUCAGCAUAUCUUAAGCUGUUUUUCUUUCUUUUAGAAAAGGAUAAAGAAAAAGAAGUUGAUCCUUGUGCUUCUGUAUUUUACU